CGUAUUGACACAAGUUUCUCGCGUCCCGGUAGUGCUACUCGGGAUUUCCUUGGCACAGAGCCAAUGCCCAGGGACCGAUACUCUAGGGCAAGCCAUGCAUCGCGUGUCCGAGACGUUACUUGGAUUUCGGCCUCUCAACCAUCCCAGUACCCUGCAACUCAAACUCCCCAGACACCUCGCUGGCACCAUUCCACCCCUGUGCUACGUACAGUACCCAAUACAACACAGCCUACUCUGUCUGACUCAGACGAGUACAUGACUGUUGACAUCGAAACCAAUGUCGAAGAGGAGAAGGGUUAUAGGUUUGCCGAGGGAAGCGAGAGGAAGCCCAAUGGGAAAAAGAAAUUUUACGGGGGGUUUAUGGAUGGGUUGAAAAGCUUACCGAGAGUCAUGUCGAGAGGACGUUUGAAUUCGAAGGACCAUGCCAAGUCAGGGAAGCAGGGGACC